UUCGGCCCGCACUUCAGCGCCGGCUUCGUGCCAUGGAGUGUGCCCUUCUGCUCCCGUCGCUUUUGCUGGUAGCUGCUUAUCCGGAGGGUGGGAGCCCCCAGCAGGAGUGGAUGCAAACCUCUCCCGCGCCUUCCGUGACCUCAGCACCUUUCUCGGUGCGCCUUAGUCCGGAGCUGGAGGCCGUGCCUCCCGGGGGCUCAGUGUGGCUUAACUGCAGCCACAAUUGCCCCCUGCCGGUGCAUUCCAGCCUGCGCACUCAACUGCGGCAGGGAAAGAUAGUCAAUGGAUCCGGCUGGGUAUCUUACCAGCUACUGGAUGUGAGAGCCUGGGAUUCCAAGGUGCGCUGCGUCGUCACCUGCGCAGGAGAAACCCGAGAGGCCAUCGCCAGGAUCACUGCUUACAAACGGCCCAGAAGCGUGAUCUUGGAGCCUCCGGUCCUAGUGGGCCGCAAGUACACUCUGCGAUGCUAUGUGACACACGUGUUCCCAGUGGGGUUCUUGGUGGUGAGCCUGAGGAAAGGUGGCCGAGUGGUUUAUCGUGAAAGUCUGGAGCGCUUCACCGGCUCAGAUUUGGCUAAUGUCACUUUGACCUACGACGUGAUGCGGGCCGGACUCAACGACCUCUGGCUACCACUCACCUGCCACGCGCGCCUCAAUCUCGGCGGGCUAGUGGUGCGCAGCAGCUCGGCACCUGUUAUGUUGACAGUCCUCGCUUUAAGCCCAGCCUCCAUAGCCUUGGCCUCUACCUCCAUCGCAACCCUGGUCGGGAUCCUCCUGGCUGUGGGGGCUGUCUACGUGCGCAAGUACCUGGCUGUGCAGACUCAGUUAUAGAUCGGUUUCGAUGCCUGACAAGAGGGAGGGGAAAAGCAGCCCAGAGUAAUUAAUUCAGAGACUCUUGUUGGGACAAUAAAGUCUUCCUCCUCAGUC